UCAGCUGCUGUCGUUCAGCAGUGAGACUCAGUCACUUCAAGUCGUUGGUUUGUAAGUCGCCAAGUCGCAUUGCCGCAUAUCACCUCUGACCAUGAGCGAACUGAUUUCUGGCCUACCCAGUCCUGCCCACGACGAUGGCCAGAUCGUUCCGCUUGACGCCCUUGAGCUAUUUGCGAGGGAGCGAUGCUGGCCGGACAACAUGCGGUGCUUCUGCGAUCUCACGGGCGGGCAAUCACGCCCACCUCAUAUCUUCACGCCCAGCUAUCGUAGUGCUCACGCUGGAUCGCCAUGCUUAGGCUGUCGAUCUUUCGGCCGCCCUGGUGGGCAUUGUUCAUACUUCGUCAAUCUCAGGGAGCUCGUGCACUCUGCAGAUAUUUGGUCCGAGAACCUCGUCUUGGCGACAUACCCGAAAAGAGUCCACCGAGGUAUUUGGCAAGGUGUUCCCAUGACACCGACGAGCACCAAUGGUCGUGAUGUGGGACUCGCUGGGAUCGGACUUCCAUCAAGUGGAUCCCUGUCACCCCUGACCCCAUUAUCGUCAGCGGCUUCAACACCGAGUAAGGCUCGAUCUGCACAGGUGAACGAGGAUGAUAAGAUUGAUUGGGAUGAACUGCCCUCACUACUAUCUCAAGGAGUCCAAAGAGAAGACUUCGCGCCAUCCGACGAUGAGGUCACGACUACCCUCCUGAACCUCCUCGAUCCAUCAUCGGAGGGGGUCAGCUUUGCUUCGCUCGCCCGGGUGCUCGCGAGAUGCCGCCGCUGUAACAGAUGUGUCGGACGCAACGUCCUCUUUAUGCACAGCUGUGCUGGUCGGAUCGAACCACCAGAUGACUCGCUCGCGUACUAUGCACUGCCAUCGAGCUCCGACAAUGAAGACGACGCAGCCUCUUCUCAUCCCAGCAGGUCGGCGACAGGACUCACACUUUUCAAUCGAGGUUCGUGCCCUCGUUAUCCACUCUGAUGUGCAGCUGACCUUGCCUUUAUUGGUAGUUGGCAGCUCUCAGGAUGUGUUCGCCAUUGGCAACAAUCGUCCAGGACCAUCAUUGCAGAAGUUGGAUGACACUGACGUCAUCAGUAUCUCGU